CAGUGGUCUAGGGCACAGUGGGUAUCGCGAGGUGCCCUGGGACAUUCCAGGGAGCGGAGCGGCCCUUGCCAGCCGCGUGGAGAUGGGGUGAAUUAGGGCGAGAGCAGCCGACAGGAAAAGCCGGAACGGGCAAGGGGGCGUGGGCCCGCUGGCCACCUGUUCCUCCCGCGAGUGCGGCCCGCGCCGAUUGGCCGCGGAGCCGCCUAGUACCGGAAGUGGCCGGCGUCCGUCGCCCAUGACACCAGACAACAGCUGCGGUUGUGUGCGCGCCGCGGUGCAGCGCCCCGGGCCGGCGGAGUGAGCGUGGGCGGCAUCUGCCAGCGGUUGUGAUAUGGGGACUGAGAAGAAGGAGGUGCUUCCCAAGGAAGACAUUUCUGAAGAGUCUGAGCCACAUGGGCCAACAUUAGAAAAACUGUCACAGGAGGUUUACCAAGCUCACGAGUUUGGAGCAGCAAGUGAAGAAGACAUGUUAGAGGGGCGUUUGAGAGCGUCUUCAGAAGAGCUUAUAGAGCAGAUGUCUCCUCAGGAGAGAGACUUUGCGUCAGGGUUAAUUAUCUUCAAGAAGUCAUCCUUAGGUGAGAAAGAGCAGGGUAAUAGUGGGAGUGACAGAGUUGGCUACGGUCUGAACCCAAGUGUGGUGCUAUGCCAUGGAGGUACUCCAGCAGAGAGGCUUCGUGUGUUUGCUACUUCUGGCCAGAACUUCAUGGAGAAUGUCCAGCUUCAUAAGACACAGAGGACUUCUGUGGGAGAAAAGCCUCACACAUGUAAAGAAUGUGGAAAAGCUUUUAAUCAGAACUCACAUCUCAUCCAGCAUAUGAGAGUUCAUAGUGGAGAAAAACCCUUUGAAUGCAAAGAAUGUGGAAAGACAUUUGGAACUAACUCCAGCCUUCGAAGACACCUGAGAAUUCAUGCUGGAGAGAAGCCCUUUGCUUGUACCGAGUGUGGGAAGGCCUUCAUUCAGAGCUCACAUCUUAUCCACCAUCAUAGAAUUCAUACAGGAGAAAGACCUUAUAAGUGUGAAGAAUGUGGUAAAGCCUUCAGUCAGAAUUCAGCCCUUAUUCUGCACCAGAGAAUCCACACUGGGGAGAAGCCUUAUGAAUGUAACGAGUGUGGGAAGACCUUUAGGGUUAGCUCCCAGCUUAUUCAGCAUCAGCGGAUUCACACCGAGGAGAGAUACCAUGAGUGCACGGAGUGUGGCAAAGCCUUCAAGCAUAGCUCGGGCCUUAUCAGACACCAGAAAAUCCAUACUGGAGAAAAGCCCUACCUGUGCAACGAAUGUGGGAAAGGCUUUGGUCAGAGUUCGGAGCUUAUCCGUCAUCAGAGGAUUCACACGGGGGACAAACCCUAUGAGUGCAGUGAAUGCGGGAAGACUUUUGGCCAGAACUCAGAGAUUAUUAGACAUAUUAGAAUUCACACUGGGGAGAAGCCUUAUGUAUGCAAAGAAUGUGGGAAGGCCUUCAGGGGUAAUUCAGAACUUCUCAGACAUGAGAGGAUUCAUACUGGAGAGAAACCUUAUGAGUGCUUUGAAUGUGGUAAGGCUUUCAGGCGGACUUCUCACCUAAUUGUCCACCAGAGAAUACAUACUGGGGAGAAACCCCAUCAGUGUAAUGAGUGUGCAAGAACCUUUUGGGAUAACUCUGAGCUGCUGCUGCACCAGAAGAUCCAUAUUGGAGAGAAACCUUAUGAGUGUAGUGAGUGUGAGAAAACAUUCAGCCAGCACUCCCAGCUUACCAUCCACCAGAGAAUUCACACUGGAGAAAAGCCGUACGAGUGUCAAGAAUGCCAGAAGACCUUCAGUCGGAGCUCUCACCUCCUCCGACAUCAGAGUGUUCACUGCAUUGAAUGACCUGCACCCAGGAGGGAUUGUGGAGAGGCUGAAGUCGGUUUCUUCAUGUGUUCAUAAUCUGACCAGGUUCCUAGAGGACGGGACCUCCCCUGCCCAUCCACUGAGUAGUUGGCUGAAAGUGAUGAGGCAGUUUUAUGAACUAUUUAUUGAGAAGUUUCAGUGUUCUGAAUUAAAUCAUAAAAGUUGUUUCAGGCCUUAAUUCUCCUCUGUCCUUCUUUCCUUCCUUCCUUUCCCUCUCCACAGGGGUCUGCACCUGGGUCUAGCCUAAAUUGUUGCUCUCUGUGAAAGUGAGGACAGGGCUCACCACUCCUAAGGACCACAGAGUUGACUCAUUGUCUCCUGAGAUGUUAGAACAUUGUGAACGAGUCUCUGGUCCACUGGGCAGCCUGGAAUACUUUAGUAAGCUCCCCCACUACCUGAUUUUCUUUUUCUAAGCCUUAAAAUCUUCCUGCCGAGCAGUGGUGGCACACCUUUAA